GAAAUCUCAUUUUAAAUCUCAUAGACUAAGUUUCUACCGAGGGUUCAAAUCGGGUUGGAGUCGGGUUUGAGUCGCGGGUUGGAGUUGCGGCAGGGUUGAACAUUACCAACUGCAUAAAGUUAACUACCAUAUUCUGACAUGUAAAGGAGAGCAAUAUUAAUUUUACAAUAUCAAAAUAACAUACAAAAAUUAUUUCUUAGAUUACAAGAUCACCGACAAAAUGUAAUAAUAACCUUGUCUACACCAAUUAAUACAACACGUGAUAUACAAUGCAAUUUGGAUUUGUUAUGUUGGCAACAUGAAUUCGCCUUUUGUCGUUUCCACUGAACCUCAAUUGAACGCUACCCUACAAUUUUAUAGGAUAGAGUUCAACUAAAACUUUGGUAUUUCCACCGUAAGAGCGCUCACCUCAACCCGACUCUAACCCGAUUUGAACCCUCGGUGGAAACUUAGUCAUAGAAAUAUAAUUCAAGUAUGCAAUGUACAAAAUGUUAGUAUAAAAGUAAUAUAUGCAAAAAAGAAUGGAAAUUGAUGACAUUUGAAUAUAGCGGGGACAAUGGUGGGAGGUGACAAUACUUUUACUCACAGAUUGGACCUCCAAAUGAAACUGUAUGAGACUAUAUCAAGUUUAUUAGGAUUCCCCAGUCUAAUGAUGAGAGAGAAUAUAAAUGCAACUGCUACAAACUUGUACGACACGGGAUUAGUUUGAGACUCCAACACAUUACAGUUAAUUCUUAAAGUUAAAAUUAUAAAUGAGUUGUUUAGAAAAAAUGUUACCAACUUCUUCUAUUUUAGAAGAAGUUUCAAAACUUGAAGCUGUCAAAAAAAUACAAGUAUCUGUUAACUCUUCGAUAAAAUAUGGAGCAAUGGUUGGAAUAGCAACAGUGGUUUCUGGUAUUCUUGCUGGUCCUGUAGGAAUUACAGCUGGAGGUAUACUCAGUAGUUGUGUAGCAGGUUUAAUGUCACAAGGAGAAUUUAAAUCAGUUACUUAUAUUCUUCUUUAUGAAACUUCUCCACAAGAAAAGGAGAAACUAGCACAAUUAAUACGCGAACAACUCAAUUCAAAAAAUAUAAAUACAAUGCGUGACUUUAUUCUUAAUAUACAAAAUAGCGUAGAGCUUCAAAUGCUAAUAGUACAAUUAAUUACUGGAUUUGUAACCAACUACCUUCAUAGAACAGUAAAACAAUAAUUUUUUUUAUACUAAAAACAAAGAUGGAAAUGUUCAUUGAUAGAUACAUUGUUCGCAUAGGAAGAAAUAACGUUCACUAGUUACAAAUGAAUAAUUAAGUAUAAUUUAUUGAUUUACUUAUUUUUAUAUGUUAUAAUGUUUCUUUGUAGAAGAGUAACCAUUUGAUUUAAGCAAAAAUGUCCUGUAUAAUAUAUGCAAAUUUUUAAUUCUCAAAAAGUUGCAUACAUAUUAACAUGUAAUAUGAAUUGAAAAUAUUAUUAUGCGUUUUUCUCCAAAAUUAAUUU